CAAGGCAGCCUUGGAAAGCUUGCCUUAUUCCAUCCAUUUAAGCAAAGCUGGAGCUACAGCCUGACACUCUUCCAUGUGUUGGACUACAAUUCCCAUCAUCCACAACCAACAAGAGGAAUAGUUGGUUGUGGAUGAUGGGCCCAGGAACAAUGACUCCUUCCUUCCUUCCUUUCUUCCCUCUUUCUCCUCUUUUGAAGUUUCUCCUUCUCGGUUCUUUUGCAAAGACCAGGCAGCCGUGCAGUUAAUGUUUAACUCUUUCUCCUUUUCUGCUCCUUCCUUCCCAUGACAAGGCAACCAUGCGCUCCGACCGCACCACCGGAACCCGCCGUUUGAUAAAACAGGCAUCGAGGACAGUUUGGAAACACUAGCAAAGACCACCGACGGGUUUUUCCACUCCUAUCAUCUCAGUCCAGGAAGCAGAAAAUGAAAGCCCGGCACUUUCACCAAAGAAUGAAGAAGCAGCUGCAUUUCGAUGGGGAAAAACCAUUUCCAGACUAAGUCAGGAGACGGAAAGGGCAGAACCAGGAAGCACGGCCUUGCGGAGACUCGAAAUGCGACUCUGCGCGGAAGAAAACGGGCCAUAAAUGAUCAAGACUUGGAAGCAUUGCUGCACCAUGGCGGAGAAGCCACAAGAAGACACCUCGCAGGGGCUGAAGAUGCCCGAGGACGUGUCACCACGUGCCCGAGAAGAAGCCGUCAAGGCUCCGGCUGUCGGAAGCCAGUCUCCAAGUCUUAGCAUCCGAGGCGGGACCCCGACUCUCCGCCACAGGCAGCCGUCCAGUUUCAACCGGAGCCUGGGCCGGUCCAGCAGGCGUUCCGGCCACUGGACGUCGUCGGGGACGGACACGGCGAGGCUCUCGAUGGGCUGGGGCAGCACCAGGAGGAAAGGGCUGAAGGAGAUCCUCCUGCAGAGCAGCCAAGCCAAGCCCGCGUGGUUGUCGGCUUCUCGAAACGAGAGCGGCGAUGACGUCGAUUCCGAGGAGCUCAACCCCGAGGACCUCUCCUUGGCGCUGGACCCCUUGGAGCACGAGUGGAUGCUCACGGCGGCCCACGGGGACGUCGAGAACGCCCUCCGCUUGCUGGAGAAAGACCCCAGUUUGCUCGUGAGGAGGGACUUUGUGACGGGCUUCACCGUCCUGCACUGGCUGGCCAAACACGGUCAGCACGAGGCCUUGAUCCAAGUGGUGGCCUUCGCGCAGAGGAAUUGCUUCCCGGUCGACGUCAAUGUCUUGACGGCCGGCGGGAGGCUCACCCCGUUGCACUUGGCCGCGCUGCAGGGCCGCGAGAUGGUCAUGAAGGUGCUGGUGGGGGCCUUCGGGGCCGACGUGGGCCUCCGGGACCACAACGGGCGCAAGGCCUGGCAGUGCCUCCGGGCCGACGCUUCCCGGGAGCUGAAGGAGCUCUUGGGCGCCAGCGAGGAAGACCUGGCUGCCCAGGCCGGAGGCAACGCCAACAACAACAACUGCGCCCCGUCCAGGCGAGGUGGCCUCGGGAACGUGGUGAAAGCGGGCAGCAAGGAGCCACAAAGCCAGAGAGCGGCUCCCAGGCUCUCUUAUUUCCGGAACAUGUUCAAGCAAGCGGUCGCAUUCUUCCAGGAGCUUUAGACAUCGGUUCAGCGACCUGUGUUACCUGUGAGCGGAUUCCAAUACUAUCCAUCAUCAUACAGUGGGAUGGAAGUGGUUGGAAACCGGUUGUUCAAUGGGACCUUGAAAUUGCCUCCAAACAUUGCUCUGUCAUACAGCUGCUAUCAUAAACUCGGAAGUUGCUUAACGGGAUCGAUAUUGCCUCCAAACAUUACUCGGACGUACGGAUACUAUCGGGAACUCGGAAGUUGCUUAACGGGAUCGAUAUUUCCUCCAAACAUCGCUCCGCCGUACAACUAUUUUCGGAAACUCGGAAGCUGCUAAACGGGAUCGAUAUUGCCUCCAAACAUUGCUCCACUGUACGGCUACUAUCGGGAACUCGGAAGUUGCUUAACAGGAUCGAUAUUGCCUCCAAAUAUCGCUCCACCUUACGUAUAUCGGAAACUCGGAAGUUGCUUAACGGGAUCGAUAUUGCAUCCAAACAUUGCUCCACCGUACGGCUACUAUCGGAAACUCAGAAGUUGCUUAACGGGAUCGACAUUGCCUCCAAACAUCGCUCCAUCUUACGUCUAUCGGAAACUCGGAAGUUGCUUAACAGGAUCGAUAUUGCCUCCAAACAUCGCUCUGCCGUACGGGUAUUUUCGGAAACUUGGAAGUUGCUUAACGGGAUCGAUAUUGCCUCCAAACAUCGCUCCACUGUACGGAUACUAUCAGAAACUCGGAAGUUGCUUAACGGGAUCGAUAUUGCCUCCAAACAUCGCUCCGCUGUACGGAUACUAUCGGAAACGCGGAAGUUGCUUAAUGGGAUCGAUAUUGCCUCCAAACACUACUUCACCCUAUGACAACUAUCAGAAACUCGGAAGCUGCUUAACGGGAUAUUUCCUCCAAACAUCGCUCCACCGUACGGAUACUAUCGGGAACUUGGAAGUUGCUUAACGGGAUCGAUAUUGCCUCCAAACAUCGCUCGGAAGACCUUCUAUUGGCCAGAUCCUUCAUUUCCAAGGAAACAAUAUUUAGGAUUGGCAUGACUUAAGUCUGCAAACUGGAAUAAGUCUUCCAUCUCUCUUUGCUUCCUACUAGGAAGUGUGUAAGUAGGAUUCUCAGGGAUGUUUCGGUGGGGUGGGAUUGUAAUUCAAAGCAGAGGCGGAUUCCAUGUUGCAGUCGGUUGACGAAUUGUCACGAUGGGCGAAGAGAUAAAUCACCAAAUCUUGGGUGGACCAAGCACUUAUUUGUAACUAGAACAGGCAUGGGCAAACUUGGGCCCUCCCUGCAAGUAUUUUGGACUGCAACUCCCACCAUUCCUAACAGCCUCAGGCCCUUCCUUUUCCCCCUCAGCCGCUUAAGCGGCUGAGGGGGAAAAGGAAGGGCCUGAGGCUGUUAGGAAUGGUGGGAGUUGCAGUCCAAAACACUUGCAGGGAGGGCCCAAGUUUGCCCAUAUCUGUACUAGAAGAUAGCCCAUACUCUUCUUUCUUUUUUCCCCUGGGUGCAAUUGAGAAAAUACAAAUUAUUCUGGGCUAUGGAAAUUAAAAUGAUUUCAGCACUCCUUUCUUAAUGCCGUAAGAACCUUUGCAGUUUCAAAUAAAAACAAAGCCUUGAUGGCGGAAAAGCAAA